CGUCAAUCUCCACUUCUUACUUCAUGCGGGGCAGUGGGGUUAGGAAACCCACUUCUCACCCUCCCUCCAAACAUGAAAUCCCAUCGACACAUAAAAUUCUACUUAUUGAAAGCUUUUACCCAUCAUCAAUAUCAUCAAAUUCAAUGCUAAACGCGGGAUGCAAAUCUCUAUAAAUAUCUAACGUUCAAGAACUCGUCAGACUUAGAAAAACGCUUUCUGACGUCUAUAGAUCAGUUCGUCAUACUUGUAUACUUAUUCUGGUCUUAGCGUUAGGCAUGGGGUGGGCUAGGGACUUGCGCUUCCUUAAGUUUUUCUGGUUUGUAUCUCUAGUACCAUGCAUUUGUGUUACUGAUCAUGCGAUCUUACGAUCACAGCAGAAUCUGGCCACCUGUCCAAAGCCGUAGGCAUCGUUUUGCUCCAGGUUCUAUGGAUAGCUUUUGUAGAUCAGUGUCCGACAUUUCAAAGCUAGCCAUGGCAUGGGUGACCCAAGUUGCAAUAUACUUGUCCUUGACGGGAAUAGCAGCAUCCUUCCAAAUACCUGCCCAGAUAUCUUUCAAAGUUAGAUCACGCUACCGUUCGAGGAGCAGCUUUAUUGCUGCUUGAAUCACCUUCUCUGUGAGAUAUACUGAGAGAAUUCGAUAGAAUAUAGUUUUGAGGUUGUCGUCGCUUUCGUUUGAGCUCGCCGCUACUAUCAUCACCCCUUCUGUAUCAAGAUGAUGAUUCUUUUCUAUCUAAAGCAGCAGGCACAGUGACCUGGGUUUUUCUGCUGCGCGUACC